AUGAUUUUGGCCGAGCAAAUUUCCUCUCGGGCCGACCACCGGUCGAGCCGGGAAAGGAACGGUUUAUGCUCGGCCGGAUCUAUUCUAUCGCGCGACAGGAACCGUCCGCGCGAAACGCACGGGCAGAGAGGGAACAGGCCGCGAUCGGCCGGAUUUAUGUAUCGGAACGGACCGACCGUGCCAGUCGAUCCGGGAAGCGAACGUUCGGCCUCGGCCGAAAUUUCUCGUCCAUAUGCGAAUUUGGCCGACCAAAUCACACGGCCGCGACAAAAUCUCUCGGUCAUCGGCCCAAACUUUUCUCGGCCAAGGUAA